UUGGAUGUUCUCUAUUCAUCAUCCAAAAGCUGCUUACUUAGGCCUGAAGAUUUCCUCAGUCUCUGGCUGGGGAACAGGAUCCAUUUCAUAAAGGAAUCAGAGGCACCAUCUUGGCCUGUGGCAUCAUCAGCCCGAGAGUGUACCUGUAAAGACCACUCGUUCUCUUUGCUGCACCAGGCAGACAGCCCCAGCUUGGUGCAAAUAAGAUGCCUGACCAUCUGGUACACGUCCACACUCAACGUGGCUCUCCUGCUGAACAACUCGGAGGUGUAGCGUCUCACGCUGAUCAAGUGCAACUCUGUAGGAAGCAGGCCAGUCUUUUAGGACUCUUUCACAGUACAACAUCUGCAGAGGCUGACUGUGUCUUACCCCUUGUGUUGGUCUGGCCAGACACAUGACAUCAUACUGGGGAGGGAAAUGGGUGCACCUUACUAUGAAGAGACCAGGCUAGGAAUCAUCCACAGCUCAGUGCUGCUGGGAGAAUCCAAUGUGGCCUAUAAUGUUCAAACUAAUAUAGACAGUAACGGGAUUCUCCCUUUUUCAUAUCUCCUGUCUGAAGUCAAGCUACCAGAGACUUCCUGUAUAUUUGUAAUUUUUAUAUACUGUACUAAUGCAGAUUAUUUUUUCUAUGCUAACAUUGCCAAUUUACCACUACCUAUGUCUGUGACUACAAUUUUCAUAAUCACUGUUGACCAAACGGAAUGUUUCUCCUUGUGGUCAUUUCAAUAUAAUAAGGUCAAGGAUUCAAUCUUUGCAGAUGGUAUAUUUUCGCACUUCUUUUUUAGGAGUAGGUUAGAUUUACAUAAUAGCAUGUCUAAAAUUGUGCCAUUACUUUUUUAAAUAUAUGUUUUAGAUAUUUUCACUUCAUUUAGACAGUAAGGAAAUCAGAGGGGGAGACCGGUAGGUGGGAGGAACAGUGGACACGGGGAUUGAACCCUGGUCCCCAGCGGGGAGUCUUACAUGCGACUUGUUCCAGGGAAUGUUUCCACUACAACACGGCUCUGCACAGAGAGUGCCAUUUCUUGAAAAGAAAGUACAUGUUAUGUCGUUCUUUCUCUAAACAUCAACAGCCUUGAAGGAUACAGAUGGGAGGACUAAGUUGUCCAACACUGGCUCACUGCCAUAAAUGGCCCCUGCUUUCCACUGGUACCAAAAGUCCUGUUCCCCUCAUGGGAGGGAGACAUGCAUGCAACCUUUUUCUGCGUGACACUUCAUAAUUAAAUGCUCUGCAAAUUGCCACCAACUCUGUUCGGCGAGUUGUUUUGUAUGCAGUUAAGAACAUGUGCCUACUGGGUGCACAGUGCAAGCACAUAUGAAAGUAAUAUGAACAAUAAACAUGGUUGAUGACAAUGUUUACCAAUUUCGAACAAACCCCUAAACUAAGAAAUAGAAAUCAUGGCCCAUUGUUAGUAAUGCUAUUAAUACACCUUUUUUUUAUCUUCAGUCAAUCGCCAUAGAAACUCAAUAUGUGAUUUGUGUAAACUACAUGCUUGUGUGUGUAUAAUGAUGAAGCAGAACAUCUUUUAGUUUUCUACACUGGAUGUGGGCAGGACAUGAAUGUUUUCUCCUUCCAUUAGCUUUUUUAUUUAACUAGGCAAGUCAGUUCUCUUAUUUACAAUGACGGCCUACCUCGGCCAAACCCUGGCAAAUUGGGACUCCCGAUCACAGAUGGUUGUGGUACAGCCUGUGAUUGAACCAGGGUCUGUAGUGACACCUUUAGCAGUGCAAUGCAGUGCUGCAGACUGCUGCACCACCCGGGAGCCCUGGCUUUAUUGCUUUACGACAGGGAACACAACCUGAUUGUUUUGUAUGAAUAAUGGAAAGCAAAGCUCCCUUGCAAAAGAGACCUUGCUCUCAAUCUGACACUCUGCUUAAAUAACGGUCAAAUAAAAUAAAAAAGAUAAUCUUCCUCAACUUUUAAUGGGAUUGUGCUCCAUCAUUGUUUGAAAGAGAGUAAGGGGCUGCAAAAAAUAACCACUUGGUGGCAGUGUAGACAUAUCUGAACUACGAGGCCAGUGUGUUGGCAGACACUUGUCCUAGUAAGUAGAUUCAGGAACACAGGCAUUCUGUUCCACCAGGGAGAGCACACGUCCCAGUACUCCUGUACAUGCCCCUCUAGUCUUUUGCAUUUUGGUCGACUCAACUGGGUUUAUUGACCACUUGAUAUUUUUCCUUGUGGUCCUCUGUAAAUUAGGUUAUUUGCCUGAGGAGUUACCAUUCAAAUAGGGAAACAGUUUUUUUCCAAGUUUGAAUUUCAUGCCACACUUAAUAUUAGGGUUAGUUGCACAAACAACACUUGGUUGAAUUGGAUUAACAUUUUUGGGGUACAAAAUAGUGUAUUAACUUUUACACCUGUAGCUAUAUAAAGUCUUCUCAGUAAUAUCUACAAUUAUUUAGGCUACCCUUCCCUUUCAUGCAGCAUAUUCAACCCAUCAAUGUCUCCAACAGUCCUUUGAUCCUGACACCUCUCCAUCCAUUCCUCCACAAAGACAUGGAAAUAUUGUUGAUAUUAAUGCAAUUUCAUAGAUUUUUUGUGAGCGCUUGGCUCAGCAGCAUUCUUGUGUUGUUGCUAAGGACAGGAAUUGUUGAAUAUCAUGUCACACAUAACAUUACAUUGACCUUCCCUGCUGGGCUUUGAACUGAUCCCAUGGUCAUUGUGACAUUUACUGUGGCAACCGGGGGCUGGGAAAUAGGCAGAGGCAGAAACAAUUCAUCCCAUGUCACUCUUUAACUGCUUGACUACGUCUCCUGCCUUGACUGUUGCCUCACUCUCUGGGAAGGUAUUCUUGAGACAACCCUCUUUUAAAGGUCUAGCUGUAUGGUGACCUUAAGUUUCUUUUCAUAUGUAUUUCCAUUAUGUUAUUGACAUAUCAUCAAAUUAUAUGUGAACAAUAUCAGUAUUUUAGUGGAAAAUAGUACCAAAUAUCUUAUGUCAUUGCCACUAUAUAUGAAUUAUUGUUGAUAAUGGCAUUUCCCCAUUUACUUGC